AUGUCUUCUCCCAGCGCCUCGAAGAGGAAGACCAAGAAGAAGCACUUUGUACAGCAGAAGGUGGAGGUGUUCCGAGCCGGGGAGCCCGUUCUGAGCGCCCUGAUGUGGGGAGUCAACCACUCGAUCAACGAGCUGAGUCAGGUGCCUGUGCCUGUCAUGCUGCUCCCUGACAACUUCAAGGCCAGCGCCAAAAUAAAAGUCAGCAACCACCUCUUCAACAAAGAGAAUCUACCCGGGCAGUUCAAAUUCAAAGAGUACUGUCCACAAGUGUUCAGAAACCUGCGAGAGCAUUUUGGCAUUGAGGACCAAGAUUAUCGGGUUUCCCUGGCCCACAGUCCCCCCCUCAAAGAAGAGGAGGGGCACAGCGUGGGCCGGCUGCUGACGUCGUGUGACCGCACCUUGGUGGUUAAAGAGAUCUCCAGUGAGGAGGUCGAGGAAAUGCACAGCAUCCUCUCAGAGUAUCACCAGCACAUCGUCACCUGCCACGGGAGUACCCUGCUCCCUCAGUUCCUGGCCAUGUACAGAGUCACAGUGGAGAGCGAGGACACCUACCUGUUAGUCAUGAGGAACGUUUUCAGCCACAGACUGCAUGUGCACAGGAAGUACGACCUCAAGGGGUCACUGGUGUCUCGUGAGGCAAGUUUUAAAGAGAAGGUGAAAGAGCUGCCCACCUAUAAGGAUGUGGACUUCAGGAAUAACAUGCAAAAAGUGUAUGUGGAUGAAGAGGAGAAAGAGAAGAUCAUGGACAAACUCAACAGAGACACUGAGUUUCUGGUGCAUAUGAGGAUGAUGGACUACAGCCUGCUGCUGGGCAUCCAUGAUGUAGAGCGGGCUGAGAGGGAGGAGGACGAUGAGGAGGAGGAGGAUGAGGAGACAGGGCUUCCCUAUGAAGAGGAGGAGGAGGACGAAAACGGCCUGGCUUCCCCUCAGGGCAUCGCUGGGUACAUGAACUCCUUCAAACCCAUGGGUGCUGGGGAGUUUGACCCUUAUGUGGAUGUGUAUGCUAUUCAGAGCGCCGUAGGUGCACCCCAGAGAGAGGUGUAUUUUAUGGGCCUGAUUGACGUGCUGACACAGUACGACACCAGGAAGAAAGCCGCUCAUGCUGCCAAGGCUGUCAAACACGGGGCGGGAGCAGAAAUCUCCACGGUUCAUCCAGAGCAGUACGCCAAACGAUUCCGAGAGUUCAUCACCAAGAUCUUUGCCUAG